AUGCUUGUGUAUAUCUGGUCCCUUGUGCUCCUCUGCUCCUCUGCGCGCGCCUCGACAUGGAUCCAAUACCCUUCCGAUGGCUACGCGACCAUGACACACUAUACCCUGCCCCUUAAUUUUAUCCCCGCAUGUGGCUGCGUGACAAACAGCACGCUAUACCCCACAGCUGCAAUGAGCCAGAUGGCUUAUGGCUCCAGCCAAGCUUAUGGCCCUGCGUGCGGCAGCUGCUUCAACCUCACUCUCGUUGAUGCGUUCCUGGUCUCGCCCAAGUACUACCCCAACGUCACUCGGUCUGUCGUUGUCAAGAUAACCGACCUUUGUCCUCUCUCUAAAGCUGGCUGGUGCGACCCAACGACUUCGAAACCGAACGACGGAGGGGCGUACAUCAAUUUCGAUCUUUCGUGGCCUUCGACCUCUAUCUCCAGUGACUUCUUUCCUUCAAAUGCAACCGAGUAUGGAUAUACGGACUUUGGAGUAUGGAAUGUCAGCUACCAAGUUGUCUCCUGUCAAUCUUGGCUAGGUUGGAAUCACACACAAGCACUAGGCAGCGUAGCUAGUGAAGGAUUGGGAUAUGACUCCUGUUGCCCGGACGAUCCCUCGGUCAACCCAAACAGCACCUGCCCAUCCUACUCUGACGAGCACAAUUUAUCGUGA